CAUUCGCUCCCCCACCCCUCCACAAUCCCCGCUCGAUUACUCGCGAGCUCGGGGAGUACUCCGCAAAGAAGAGGAGAACGAAGGCGAGAUCUUAUAGAUUCUUCUGUCGAUUACUCUCUCCACCGCGAUCUCGGAACAUAGAUGAGGAGAUGUUGCAUGUGGUUACAACAAUAACCCAAUGCCUCACCCAAAAUGGACAGUCAAUAUAGGUUCUCAUGAAUAACCUGCAGAGAACAAGCUGCACAUGCAGACACAUUGAUGGCAGAAUCACAUAAGGGUAUUUCUUCAACUGCUAAUAUGAAGAAUAGAAGAGCAUUACUUGAUGAAGAUUUUGGAAAGGACUUUCUUACAAGCUGGAAUUUGUCUAGACUGGGAAAAGAUGGACUCACCUUUGAUGUUGAAACAGUUUCACAGAGCGGCAAAAAGUUCAAUUUUGAUAAACUGGUCGACUUCGAGCUUGGUAGUAACUUUGACAAGCUAUCAUCUUUCAAACUGGAGAUGCCUGAUCUGGUCUUUUCCACUCCAUUCAAGAAGGCAGAGAAGGAAAAUGAGAAGUCUUCUGAUGAAUUUGUUCCGGGAAAAAAAGAAUCCAAAAAAGACAAGUUUGCCUUUGAUUUUGAUUUUAAUGAAUUGGGUAAGUUUGAUCUUGGCUUAAAACUUCUGACUGGAGAAAAGGAAGCUACUGAUCGCUCCACUAAAUGCCCAGAAGAUAUUGGUACCAAUUCUUCUAUUAGUCAGGACAAGGGUACGAAUAAGGUAGGCAAUUCAGGCAUGAACAUGGAUAUCCUUCAGAGUAAUGAGAAUAAGGCACCUUCCGAAACAGAGAAUCUAUCCACUUCAAGGCCUACUAAAUUGAUAGGGCAAGGGAUGGCAAAGACUGCUGGUUAUUCACGUUCUUUGAAGCUGACGUUUGAUGAUAUUCCCCAGGAAGUAGAUCCGUCUGCUACGAUGCAUUCCAUCAUGACAAAAGAAAAUAAAGAAGAAACUACUCAGUUCAGCAAGGAAAAUAAAGAGCAACCAGUUGCAACACACAAUGCAAGAUCAUCUGUUGAGAAUGCCGCACAGGGUUCCACACUUCUAUCUGCAUCUAGUGAUGUUUCAGCCCCGCCAACAGCUUAUUACUCUGAAGAGCUUUCUAUGUUGGAUCUUAUUGACCCAAAUCUGGUUGGUGGACAAGAUAAUAGCAUGGAAUCAAAUGAUUCAAGACACCAGAGGCCAGAAGGUAAAACAGAACCACCAACCACUGAAAGAGUGUAUCGGAAAUAUGAUAGGAACGUAAAUGAGUGUGGUAGAGAAAGCGUAUCUCAUAAUGAAUCAUCUGAAGGGUCCAAAGAUGUUUCCGGUACCUCUGCUACAGAUGUCUUACAGAGAAGUUUUUGUGGAACAAAGGUUGGCGGGGAUGGUGGAGAGAAGAAAAUUUUGAGUCCAAAUCUUCUUCCAUCACCAAUGCACAGAAAUUUUGCAUCUCUUAAGUCCAUCGCAACAAAAGAAAGAGGAUCCUCUUCUUCCCUAUCACUUAAGCCUCUUAAUGCGCCACUAACUCGAAAGAGCAGUUUCCUGAAGUCACAUCAGAAACCUGCAAAAGGGGCAUCCCUUUGCACUGCAAAUGACAAAAGCGAUAAAGAGCACAGCACUGAUAGUUUCCAUCUUCCAUCUUUCAACUUGCUUUCACGGGCUGAUACUGGCAGUAGCAGUACUAAGAGUGGCACUUCCAACCUUGUUUCAAGCUGCACACACCUUAAAAACCCCGAGGUCAUUUCUUCCGAAGUGCAACAUACUGCUAUGAAGGAUAUAAAACAUACUCUGCUUUCUAGCAUGAUGUCCUCAAGAGUUGCGAAACUAAAUGGCAACAUUCCAAGUUCUACAAUGCGAAUAGAAGCAAAAUCAGUUAAGUUCUCAGAGGGGAACCAAGAUGCUCCUCAGAAUGCAAUAUCUAGCAAGCCCUACUCACCAAACAAAGAAAAACAUGUACCCCUGAGCCCACUUUUGAAGAGAAAGACUCUAGAGUUUGUGUAUCGUUGCCAGGGAUCAGUAACAGAUUUAAAGGCUCUUAAUCCAUUGAAACGCAUCAUGGAGUCUCCUGCUGAACAAAGGAAAUCACCGAACAUUAGCUCAAAAUCUGCUAGUGAUUUGGUUCCAGUAACUGAAAGUCAGAAAGCUUUAACUGAUAAUACUGUUACUUCAACUGGUCUUAAUGUGAUGGGGAGCAUCUCAGACUUUGAAAUGCCUUCACUUGUUGAAAAUGAUGUAAAUGUGGAAAAAGCUGAAGCUUGUGCAAAAGAGCUUGAUGAUAUAUGCAACAUGCUGAAAAAGAAGCACGAGGAAGCUAAAGAAUUGCUUGUUCGAGCUAUUGUAAACAACAAUGCAUUGCUGAUGUUAAACCAUCCCAUAUAUCAAACUUGUGAUUCCUUCACCAACAGAACAUCCGCGCCCUUCAGAGGUUUGCUACCAGUCUGCACUCCAAGGACUACUCUUUUUGAACUAGUCAGUGAACAACCAACUAAUCCAGUCCCUACUUCAGUUGUUUCCAACUUUUCUUUUGGGGAGAAAUUUCCAACCAUUCAUCUCAUCACUGAUUUGUUGCGCUUCUUCUGGGUAGUAUUUCUCUUCAUCAUUUUCCUAUCCUCUCUAUCAUUCUUCCAAAAUCAAUCAUAAUCCCCUAUUCCUCUUAUUUUGCAUCGCUUCAUCCAAAUUCAUUCUAAAGUUAAAAAGUACAAAAUGAAAAGCAGGGGUUGCAAAUAUAGUUAAGAGGAAGAAGAUGACAAUGGAACUAAGGCUGGAACUUUGUUCCUCUUUCACGGGCCCGAUUGUUGGACCG